AUGAGCAUGGUUCAAAAAAGCGAUUCCUGGGCACCCCAAUCGACCACUCCCCUGCACGCGAGCCACAGAGAGAGGCAGGGAGAGAGGCGGCGGCAGCGGCACAUCCCGAUUCCCACCUUCUGCUCCGCCGGCGACGCUGCUCCUCCACCGCCGUCCAUCUCGUUCUCCAGGCCGGCGGGACGUGUACUGCCCUCCUCCGCUGCCCGUCCCGCUCAUCCCCUCUCCGCCCAGGCGCUCGAUUUCAGAUCGAGCUCGACCUCAUCGCCGCCGGCUGUCCGCCACGCCUCGGCCCUCAGGUACUGUCAAGAAAUGGACAUUGAUCCGGGUGCGGGUGAAUCGGUGCCUGAGCAUCCGGAGAAAGGACUUGGAGAACAAGAAAGUGGAGAAAAACCAAGCCAAAUCAAACUAUGUGAACCAUAUCUUUUUUCUUCUUGCAAUUGUAGCAUUGCGUGCAUGCGUAUGGUACAAAAUUACAACAUAUUAUGGUCUAUGUAUGGCUAGAUUGCCUUC